GAUCAACAAAGACGCCUCGUGAUCGCAUACUCGUAAUCCCAGCGAGCGAUAAACCCCCCUCGACUCUGCUUCUUACAAGUACAUCAGAUCAAGACAUCUCGGAUGAGACCAAAACAAUGGACGACCUACGUCCCAUUCUGAUAUCAAAGAUCAUCGAUUACGCGGCAGAAGAUCGUCCAAACUACUCCAAACCACGACUUUCACCUUAUGCCACAAUCAGCAAGAAAUGGCAACAAGUGGUAGAAGCGAAUUCGUUCAGCUGUAUACGAAUUACAAAUGAUGAAAUCACUACUUUUGCGACUUGUUUCGAGAAUGAGCCGAGAAGACGAAUGCUGCGACAAAUUUUUCUGAGAAUCUACUCGACGAGUGAGACGAGGAAAUGUUGGAGUGAAGUUGCGAUUUCUGAAAGAGCAGAGGAGAGUAGGCGUAAUGAUGAGACAUUGACCACAAGUACUCGGGCUUUGUUCCAGAGCUUGGAGGGAUGGAGAGCCGAGGAAAGGGUGGAUUUGUACAUUAUUAUUCAUGCACACGGGGAUCAUGGUAUGUCUCCUCUGCGUACGGAACCGAAAUUCCUUGAGCCAGAGACUUUGGCGAGGGUGGAGUGUGUGAAGAAAUUCGUCUUCAGAAAUCAUGCCAUCACGCCGACACAGACGGUUAUUGGUCUCGCGUCAAGAUUACCAGGGCUGCAACAUAUUGACUGGCUUAUCUUUAGCGAAAGAACAGGAGGCAGAUCCGAUGAUGUAGUGAGAGUGCAGAAUCGAGUUGAUCUAGCAGCACAACUCAUCAUGCUGCAAAAACAUAACCCUUUGCUCAAGAAAUUGGAGUUGUCGUUUACAGCUUCAAAAACACCGCCUGGUCACGAUGAUGUUGUCCCGAGCAUCCUUCUGCCUUUCGAUCAAAGGGAUUAUCUAUCUCAAUCGCUUCGCAACUUAUCACAGGGCAUGCAAGAAGUCAGUCUCGAGAACAUGAUCAUCUCAUCACAGCUAUUCUGGCCGAUGGAGGAUGAAACAACAGAGCUACAUUGGCCGACACUAGAAAGAUACAAAAUCGGCAUAAAUCCCAUGGCUGCAGAGGGAGGUUGGUGGUUAGAUGGCUUGACCAGAUUUCGUGCAAGAGAGAGAGUGAGGAACAACACCCCCAGAAACGAUGAGGGAAAGACGAAGCUUGUCGUCAUCUAUGAUAGAGAGGUUGAGGAGGCUGAGAGAUAUCCUAUUUGGCCAACAGAAGAGCUAGAUGACUUGUUGCUUGUGAUGGUGAAAGCUGUUGCGAAGAUGCCGGUGUUGAAGUCAUUUUCUGCGUUUGUGGAUUUGGAUCACUGGGUCGAGGACCAGAGGUUUGGGGUUUGGUAUCUUCAGACUGGGGAGAGGAUUGGUAGUGUGGAGGCUUUGUUUGACGAUGAAGAUGAUGACAAUGAUGCUGAGAACAAUUUGGGCAAGAAGAGGCUUUACUGGAGUGGGCCGAAGGAAUGGUGUAUGAGUGGUGAAUUGAGUCAGGCGUGGAACAAGAUUUUGGGAGAGGACGGGGUGGUGAGAUAUCACGAGUGGUAGGUUUGUCUGGAUUUUGG